AGCUAAUUAAUGAAGAAAUAGUGGGAUCUGUUUUACAAAGGUUGCGUCACAAGUCUCAAAGUGAACAUGAUCUAAAAGACUUAAUUGGGAUUCAUAAAAGAAUGGUAGAUGUAGAAUCAUUGUUGUCCAAAGGUUCAAAUGAUGAUGCCCGUUUUAUUGGCAUUUGGGCUAUGGGCGGGAAGUGGAGCCAUUAAAGGCAUAACUUUGAAUGUUUCAGAAGUUGAAGAGAUGUGCUUAAGUCCUCAAGUCUUUCGUUCAAUGCCCAAUCUAAUGUUUCUAAAUUUUUAUAAAAAUUACAAUAACCAGGUCGGGAACAAGUUAAAAUUACCCAAUGGUUUGGAGUUUUUACCAAAUAAAAUCAGACUAUUAGGUUGGGUGGGAUACCCUUUAAAGUCCUUGCCAACAACAUUCAAGGUUGAAAAUCUCGUUCAAAUUGAAAUGAACUUCAGCAAGUUGACAAAACUGUGGGAUGGAGACCAGAAUCUUGUGAGUUUAAAGAAAAUUGAACUCCACGGGCCAAAAAAGUUGAUUGAGCUCCCAAAUUUUUCCAAGGCCAAACAUCUUGCAGAAGUUAAUCUCGAUUAUUGUUCAAAAUUACGUGAAUUAUUUGAAGUUCCUGACAACAUCGGCUUGUUGUCAUCAAUACGUGAGUUACAUCUCUCAGAAACUAAUAUAGAGACCUUGCCUUUAAGCACCAGACAUCUUUCGAGGCUACAAGAGCUUUACUUGGAUAGAUGCAAAAGGCUUCGGUCUCUACCAGAACUCCCUCCCUCCCUCCCUCUUGACACUGUCCGCCAAUAA